AUGCUCCCUGCGGCAGCAGCAGUAACUGCCGUUUACAACAAAUCGACGGGUUCAGUGCUGGAUGAUGCCUUUAGGGAUUCGGAUGUCCCUGCCGCCGCCUCUUCGGAUGAGGUUGAAAUCCUGCCAAUUGGCAGCGGGGGGGAAGUGGGCCGUUCUUGCGUCAUCCUUCGUUACAAGGGGCGUUCCGUGAUGCUGGACUGCGGGAAUCAUCCUGCAAAGAGCGGCCUGGACUCCCUUCCUUUUUUUGACAGCAUUCGGUGCGAUGAGAUUGACCUUGUGCUAAUCACUCACUUCCACCUUGACCACUGCGGAGCGCUUCCCUACUUUUGCGAGCAAACAGCGUUUAAAGGACGCGUCUUUAUGACAAGUGCAACCAAAGCCUUCUACAAGAUGGUGAUGAAUGAUUUUCUGCGUGUCGGCGCAAGUGCCAACGAUAUUGUGACGAACGAGUGGCUGCAAAGCACCAUUGAAAAGAUUGAGACAGUGGAGUAUCACGAGGAGGUAACAGUCAAUGGUAUUCGUUUUCAACCAUUUAAUGCCGGCCACGUUCUUGGGGCAGCUCUCUUUAUGGUUGAUAUUGCAGGCAUGAAGACGCUUUACACGGGUGAUUUUUCCCGAGUCCCGGAUCGCCAUCUGUUGGGUGCGGAAGUGCCAAGUUACUCACCAGACAUUCUGAUUGCGGAAAGCACAAAUGGAAUACGUGAGCUGGAGUCACGUGAAGAACGCGAAACUCUCUUUACUACGUGGGUUCAUGAUGUUGUAAAGGGUGGAGGACGCUGCCUGGUGCCGGUUUUCGCAUUAGGUCGCGCUCAAGAGCUUCUUCUUAUUCUCGAAGAAUAUUGGGAGGCACAUAAGGAGUUGCAGCAUAUUCCUAUUUAUUACGCCUCCUCACUAGCCCAGCGAUGCAUGAAAUUAUACCAGACAUUUGUUAGUGCUAUGAACGAUCGUGUGAAACAGCAGCAUGCCAACCAUCGUAAUCCGUUUGUCUUCAAGUACAUUCACUCCCUCAUGGAAACACGUUCCUUUGAAGACACCGGGCCGUGUGUCGUGUUGGCCUCACCUGGUAUGCUACAGUCUGGGAUUUCUUUGGAACUGUUUGAGCGAUGGUGUGGUGAUCGGCGAAAUGGCAUUAUUAUUGCCGGGUAUUGUGUUGACGGCACCAUCGCGAAAGAUAUUCUCACAAACCGAAAGGAGUCACAAAGCCCGACGGAAAGGUGCUUCCACUUCGUAUGCGUACCAUUCAGUCUGUGUCUUUUUCGGCUCACUCUGAUGGUAGGCAGACGCGUGAUUUU